UGCUUUUCCGGUAACCAAGAUCUCAGAAAACAAAUGUUCACUCUUAAAAUGGGCCUGACAUGUUCCCCUCCUUGUACCUCUCUCUCUCCAAUGGAAUCACGCUGUUACCCAUGAUUCUCUCUCUCUCUCUCGCUCUCUGAUAUUUUCUCUUUAUUACCUCCGUUAACCUGCCGUCCGAUCGGUUUCCGGGACUCUCCAUCACCGUCGUCUGCAGCUGUAUCGCCGACUGUGCUAUGUGUUGUUGAAAACUGUCAAAUCAUCACAUAUUUCAACAGAAGUUCUAUACGCAAAUAUUUUUAUUACUUAAAAUCAGUUAAGCUGAUCGAUCGCUGAAAUUGUAGAUAUAUAUACAGAUUUGUUUCAUAUAUAAUAGCUAACGAGAUGCUGGAUCUUAAUCUGAACUUUGUUAACGAAGACGAGACAACGACGUUUCGAGACGUGGAGGAAUCAGGCACCUCCAAUUCAUCGGUGGUGAAUGCGGACGGUGUAAAUUCGAGUAAUGCUGGAGAAGGAGACGACGACUCAAGCUCCGCAGGCGGCGCCGGCGAGAGCUUCUCCUGCUUCAAUUUUGACAUCUUGAAAGUCGGAGACGCUGGUGUUCAGUCUGGCAACACCUACGAUGAGGAUCGGAGGAGCCAGAAUUUGACUCAGUCCGAGUUCGUGACUCGGCAUCUGUUUCCAAUGAGUCAUGGUCAUGGAGGAGGCGAGGAAUCGGGACAGCAGUCUAACUCACUGCUGUUGCGCCCUAACACUAAUGAAUUGCAAGAGAUGAGACUGGUACAAGUACCACAACAGAAGCCUACUGUACAACCGAAUCUGGCGGGGAAGAAGAGUAGGAGAGGACCGAGGUCAAGAAGCUCACAGUACCGAGGUGUUACCUUCUACCGGCGAACUGGUAGAUGGGAGUCUCAUAUCUGGGAUUGUGGAAAACAAGUUUAUUUAGGUGGAUUCGACACUGCUCAUGCCGCUGCAAGAGCCUAUGAUCGAGCUGCCAUAAAAUUCCGAGGUGUUGAUGCCGACAUCAAUUUUAGUCUCAGUGAUUAUGAGGAUGAUAUGAAUCAGCAGAUGAAGAACUUCUCAAAAGAAGAAUUUGUCCACAUACUAAGACGACAGAGCACUGGUUUUUCAAGGGGAAGCUCAAAGUACAGAGGCGUAACAUUACACAAAUGUGGCAGAUGGGAAGCUCGAAUGGGACAAUUUCUAGGCAAAAAGUAUAUAUAUCUUGGGCUAUUCGACAAUGAAGCAGAAGCUGCAAGGGCUUAUGACAAAGCAGCAAUCGAGUGUAAUGGAAGAGAAGCAGUCACCAACUUUGAAGCCAGUACUUACCAAGGAAACAACAACAACACUCUUCCUUCAACUCAUCAUGGAAGUGAUCAUGAUCUGAAUUUAAGCUUGGGAAUUUCAACCACUUCUGUUGGUGAAGGUUCAAGUAGAAAUGAAAAUUCAGAACAACCCCAUUUGAAUUACCCCCAUGACACUCGAAGAUUACAGCAGAUGGAGAACCCUGUUUCAACAGCAGUAGGGAUGCCAGCUCUUAAAGGAUUGCCCUUAACUUCUGGACACUCUCCAUCUUGGAAUGGUGUAUACCCUACUUUCGUUCCCAAUUACGAGGGAAGUGGGACGAAUAGCAGGACGAUAGGAGGGUGUUCACAAGGACCGCCCAACUGGGGGUGGCAAGUGCAGGGUCACAAUCACAUCCCGAUCGCAACAGCAGCAGCAGCAUCAUCAGGAUUCUCAGCCACUUCUGGCGGCCAUCAUCACUCAAUGGCGGCGGCUGCUUUCAACAACCAUUGUUUUCCGGCGGCAACCUCUUCCCAAUACUAUUACCAGAUAAGGCCACAGCCACCUCCGCCACCACCACCGCCUUAACUUUGUUUAUAUUUGACCAAUUAAUUGACUUGCUACAUGUGGCCAAAUAUAUGGCUAGUGAACCGUGGCUAGGUGCACACCCCUUGGGGCCAUGAUAUAUGUGUUUUUGUGUGUAUGAGAUAUUGAAUCAAUGACUACUUCAAUUGUAUUGUGUUGGGUA